AUGGGAAAUAUGGGUAUGCCCUUGGGGGGAAUGAACGAUCUCUCCCGUAGCCAUGGGUAUCCCGGCACUCCUCGCGCUUUAGAUAGCGGGAUGGAUCGAUCUCAGAAUAAUAUGUAUCAGCAACCGAUAGUGGAGUCCUCACAACGCUCGCAGCCCCAGGUUGAGGCUCCGCCUUUUGAUGACACGACUAUUCUUCAUACAGUUGUUGCAGAAUUUGGUGGCCAAUAUCAAACAGUGAAACCAGAUGUCCAAGCAAAAAUGGGUCGAGGGCCCUUUCCAGCUGAGGGCAAGUGGACUUGCUAUCGCCGCAACUACUUUGCAGUGACCUGCGGUUUUGGUCUUCAUCCUUGGCCUCCCACUGCUCCCCUAUACAUCCGCUAUCCUGACCAGACCCUUGAACCCAUCCGUGGAUUUUCAAUGGCAAUUUCCGCUAUCGUGAACGGUCAAUAUGGAGAAACCCGAGAACUUGUUCAACACACCCCAAAGCGAGACAAGCAAUCCGAACGCAAACCCGGUCGUGUCGUUCUUCAGCCUGCACCUCCACCUUCAUUUACAGCAACCUCAUCAGUUAAUGGAAGUCUUUCUGGAUUCCCCCUUGGCUCGCAAUCUAUGGACUACAACCCUUCCUUCGCAGGGACACCUCAGCCGUGCCAGCCCCCAACCUCCCACGUAUUCGAACGCAUCCAAUUCCAAAAAGCGACCGCCAACAACGGCAAGCGACGCGCCCAGCAACAAUAUUACAAUCUGGUCGUCGAACUGUACGCUGAGGUUGCUAGCUCGGUUCCAGGUGAAACCGAGUGGAUACAAAUCGCCCGGCGCCACUCCCACCCCCUGGUCGUCCGCGGACGUUCUCCCGGUCACUACAAGGACGGACGCCGUGGCAGUACGGGCAGUAUGGGUCCGGAUGGGGCUGGCGGAGACAGCACCACCUGCAGUGUCCUUCCCCAUGGGCUGGGCCAAACGGGUCGUCCACACAUGCUCAUGUACGAGGCGUCUCAUCGAAACGGUCUUUCUUACGGCAGAUCUGAUCACCGCAAAGUGAAUGUUACAGACCAUUCUCCACUCAGCGAUAGUCCUCUCAUCUCCUCUUCCUCCUCUUCUGGGUUUGAGUACUCAAUGAUCGACACUAUGGACCCCAUGGAUACAAUCAAGUCUGACCUUUACCUCAAAUCAGAUCCCUAUCAGGAUAAUACCUAUACAGGGGUUCCCAGCCACCAACACCGCCAGUCUAGUACUGGUGGAUACGACCCCGUUUACUCAACAGCUUAUAGUCGUUACGAUCCUAUUCAGAAUUCGCAUAGUCUAUGCACUUAG